AUGGCCAAGCGGCGCGGGGGCGGCGUGACAGCUUGCUCGAGCUCCGCGGUCAAGGCGCCCAAGGUCAUUGCACCGUCGGCCGUGAAGGAGAGAGUGGUGGAACUGGCUAAGAAGGCAGGAAUCGAGCAGAAGGACGUGAAGAGCUUGCUCGACAAGCUGGACGUGUCCAUCGGCGACGCCUGGCGCCACAACCGCACUGCGGGCGUGGGAAAGCCACGGCGCGGGCAGGUGGACUGUGGCCGGAUACGCCGAGCGCAGCCGGAUCCUAUGGCAUUGGGAUAUUUGCCGGUGGGCGUGAGCAAGCAGCGGGGCAAGCUGGGACAAGCUUUGUCGCCCUUCUUUCUGCCGACCCCGAAGGGCAUGUGCGCCUUCGCCACCCUAGAUGGCCGACCGGGUAGCGUUCCGCUGUGGAAGUCGACGUCGCCACCGUUGGAGCUGGUGUGGCAGGCGGCCAAGGUCAGAAAGUCGGAGAUCGGCACUGAUGGGUUGGUCACCGACUCCUAUUUCAAGCGAAGGGCUCAGAUCUACCACAAGGCGGAGGUGAAGCGUCGCUACAUCCCGACCGAGCAAAUCGCUGGAGCCUUGCUCUCCUACCGAACGGAAGCGCCGGUGGGCUACAUCGCAUCUAGGAAGUUCUACUGCUGCGCCUAUGCCAAGGCGGUGCAAGAAGUGCCAGCCUUCAAGUUUCUGGAGAGCUUGUGUCAGGAUGGCUUCAACCUCCUCUUACUGGGUCCUGAUGGACACCCCAUGGGCUACGGUGACGACCUAGAGGAAGGGAACGCUUUGACAACGGCGGUGCUGGAAAAGACUUUGGCGGAGGCCUACCAAGACACCAGCAGCCUGUCCAAACUUAGUUCCACUGAUGUUGGCUUUCGGCGGGACACGAGCGAGUCUUGCUGGCUUUGCUGCUGGGCCACGCACCGUGGAAGGAGGCCGCAGAUCCCACUGGUGAGCUUUCCUUGUGCUCCUGAGCUGCGGAGCCCGCGCGCGCCGUGGAAGAAGAACCCCACCAUCCCGCGCGGUGCGGGUGGAGCCUCCUCGGCCAGUGCCACAGGCGCCCGGUGGCGCUCGGUGAACAGGGUGAACACCGCGGUGAACACCAGUGAUUCAGAGGUCAACCGGAGGGUCGCAGCGACCGAUCGCAGCGCGCGGCUUCGACGUGGCCCGAUCCGAGCGUUGAAACCUGCCUCGCCGCUCCUGGGACCUUCCUUGCCCUCGGUGGGGACAUCCAGGGACACUUCGCGGGGCGUCGCGGUGUCGGAGUUCGCGUGUUCUGUUUUGGCUGCGAAAAGGCAAGAGUCCAUUACUUCAAAGGUGGCCCGGCGCAAGACCGGCGCGAAGAGGCUGACUGGAGACGGCCCGCCCUUGCCGAAAGUGGAGUACGAGGCGUCCAGGAUAGAUGCCCAGAGGCAUGGGCCUGGCUGGCUGAGAGCGAUCUUGGUGGUGCCUGCGACGACGCUGGCUGCUUUGGGCGUGGGAUCUGGCUCAACGAGAAAGUUGGAGGGGAUAGUUCAUGUGAACCAUGAAGCUGCUAAGAAGCCAAUGGUGAUGACCUUGACGGAGUUCUUUACCAUCACGGAACGAAAGGAGAAAUUCAAGACAUCGCCCAGGUUGGAAGCCGAAGGCUUGCAUGAGGGUGCAGGGCGGGUCGAAGAGGAAGCGGCUGCCGUGCUCGAAGGCAGAGGGCACGAUGCAGUGGAAGAUGGCCUGGUUCAGCAGAAAGAGAUCGAGAAAGAGUUAGAUGAGACCUUCUCCGAUCGGCGGCUCUUGGUGGAAGCCGAGGCCUUGGAUCCGAGCAGCCUGGGCAUUCAGCGAAAAGAGCCGCCCGAGGCCGCCGGCGCCGUGGGCUAUUCCGAGGCGAAUGUGGGGGGGGACCCGGCAGAGCGGGCUGCAGAGCGUGUUCUCUUUGGGGGUCCACCCACAAAACCCCGCUCUGGGGGAGUACGCCCCAUCCCGGAGACCCGACCCAACCCGCACGCCUCCGCCGGCGACGACCGGCUGGGCUUCGGCGGCACUCUGGGCUUCGGAACCUGUGGAUUGUGUGUGACACUGCCCGAGGCCGAGUCGAUGUGUGGCGCGGGACGGGGCAGAGGCAAUGUGCUGGGUGGGUUGGAGGGGUGGAAAAGUCGGCGAUAUGCGGACUUUUGGUUUCGUUCCAAAGAAAAAGGGCAUGCAGAGCUCGUCGAGCUCGUCGCAGCGCUCGGGCAGAGUUCCUCCGCUUCGAACGCUCUCCUUGCCUCGUGGCACGGCUCGCCGCCGCCGCGGGUGGCACCGUCCGAGCGAUCUCGGCGGCGUCGGUCCUCGGCUCUGGCGGAGGCGUCCGCCGAAGAGCUGGGCGAGGUGCGCGGAGCGGUGCGUGGAGCGGCGCUCAUGGCGGUCGCGGAAGGCCUCUUCGUGGUGGCCGGACCUGCUGGGGAGGAAGUCGGUCGCUUCCAACUGCCCCUGGAUGCCACCUGUGGAGAUCUCAAGGAACGAAUCGAAGAAGAGCUUGGCCCCGCACCUGUGAUGCAGCAACUGCUCCUCGCCGAGAGGAUCCUGCAGAACGAGGAAGUGUUGCUUCCGGUGGGCACGGCCAGCCCCUCUUCACCGGUGGAUGUGACCCUUUUGUUGAGUUUUCCUCCAUCUGAGAAGAGAAUGGAGGUGAAGUGGGAGGUGCUCCCGGAGACGUCGAGUUUCCUGGAGACUUUGAUUUUCUCGGAGGAGGGCAUGCAGCUGGUGCCAGGCGAAGACGUCCAGUGUGUUGGUCUGGACGUGGACAGCGGUUUGCUGCUUUGCGUGCGCCUGGAGAUGGAGGCGGCGUCGAAGGGCACCGGUCGGCAUACCGCCACGGUGGACACGGGGCCCGAGCAUCUCUUUGCCGAGAAUGACCUGCAAGCCCGUCAGCUCGCCACAAAGGGAGGCGUCGGUGGAUAUGGAGAAAGCGCAGGACGGCGAGAGAAGGACAGCAAGGGCAAAGGCAGCUGCAAGGGUUCUCCCAGCCACUCCAAAGGAAAAUGUAAAGAGAGCUCCGUGCUGGUUCUGCCUCCCAGCAGUGCUGCCGAGCCCUUCAUCGUGCCACUCUCCGUCGGCCAUCCGCUGAAAUACGCCGUGGAGUUGCAAGCAGUGCUUGCCUCACAGAGCUUCCCAACACCAUCGCUGGGACUGGCGGUGGGACUUUGCGCCACGGUGCCGGAGGACUUGAUGGAGAACUUGAGGUUGGUGGCCUUUGAAGUGGCCGCCGGCUGCAUGAAGUGGAGGAGCCUCUCAGUUCCAGGCAGCAGCUGCGAGACCUUCUGCCUGGACCGUCACACACUGCGUGCUAUCUCGGUACAGCUGAAGGGGGGCCACAGAUGGGUGGUCUUCCAGAAGCUCCGAGGAUUCCAAUCCGCUGCAGACUCCAUCCUUGAAGAGUUCCCCCUGACCUCGCUGGGUGCCUCGCAGCGCGCGACGAGCAUCGCGUGGUGCACCACGCGGGACGCGGUGCUGAUCACCUUCGUGGGAAGUCAUGCGAUCCACGUCUAUCAGAAGGAGAAGACUGGACCUUGGACGGAAGCCACGUUGGGCGAUCUGGAGAAGCGCGGCUGCGUGGAUGGCCCUGCUGACCAGCUCCGCUUCUGGUUCCCCAGCUCUGCCCAGAGCGAAUCCGUGGCUGAGACUUCUCCGCUCCUACCAGGGCCCAAUGGAGAAGUCUAUGUCCACAGUGGAGGUGCCUUGAUGCUGCUCCAUGGGGACCUCUCCGCGGCGCGGAAGGUGAGUUCCAUGAGAGAGGAGCUUUGGAUGACGGAACAGGACGAAGGGACGCCCGAGUUUCCGAUCUCCUUCCACUGCCUGGGCGUCCAUGAAGGGAAGGCCUAUCGAACUUUGCUGCGCAGCGACUGGACCUGUGAAGUCCUGCUCCGCCGCCUCCAAGUCUCCAGCGUUCUCCGCGCGCCGCGGAGCCAGAUCCGCGCCCAAGCGCCGCAGCUCUGGCCCAAGAUCACCGAGCGGCGCAUCUUCGCCGCGGACGACGCGCCCGUGGCCUGCUGCAUGACGAGCUCGCACUGGCUGGCGCCGGAUCACUACAACGAAGCCGAUCGCGAUGACUGGGAUGGCAAGUGUUCCUGGCUGCCAGAUGCACAUUUGUGGAGCAAGGUUCCCAAGGCCCAGCGGCCGCAGGAGUUGCGCGCCUGCCAUGGAGCGUUGAGGACCUUCGAGGAGUUCAUGCGGGAUUUCAAGUACGACGAUCACUACAGCUGCCGCUCCGAGAUCGAACGAGCCAUCGAAGAACUCAUCGAGAGGAGAGCUUCCCUACCCGAGGAGAUCACGCACGAGUGCCACCCACAUCGAUUGAAGAGCUUCAGCGUUGAUCGAUGGAUGGGCUACAUGUGUGCUCUUUGCGGCAACCAUGGCUUCUUCGACCAUUUGGAGGACUGGGGCUAUGGUCACAAUGAGUUCAAGGUUCACCCCUACUGCGUCUUGGCGGAGGAGAAGGAGACACGUCAGCAGCUCGUCGAUCGGUGGACGGCACAAGGCAGAGAGGCCUACGAAAGCGAAUGUCCGGUGGUGCUGGAUUUCUCCGGAUGA